AUGAAGGGCACGGGCAUGCCUGACCUGGACGUCUGGGCCUUGGGCGACGCCGCGAUGAUCAUCGCCAACCAGAAGACGAAAUACCUCUGGAAGCAGCUCAAUGCCGUCACAAAGGACCAGCGUGCAAAGGACCCAUUCCGGUUCCACAACGCGGGUCGCUCGCGUACAUCGGCGACCGGCAGGCGUUGUACGACCGCACACGUGCGUGAAGAAGUCGAGGGGGAAGGAGGCGGGGCGGUUCGCGUGUUCGCUGUGGCGCUCGGCGUACUUCACCACGACGCUGAGCUGGAAGAGCAAGUCGUCGCUCGCUCUCUUCCUACUCUCCUCAUGUUUGUGACUGGGAAGUGGUGGUCACUGACGGGUGUCUCUCGCGUUGCAGGAUUCCCGUUCCGACGUAGUGGUGACUUCAUGUAA